CAACUUCUUAGAAAGUCAUAUUGUACUGUACAUCUCUCCAGUGUAUACUCUGGUUAUGUUUUUAUCUCUGUGGCUGAUCUGGAGUGUAAUUUUGAGUGUGUUUUAAUUUAACUCACAGUUUGUCUGGAGUACAGUGAAUGCCCUCCUCUCCGUUAGAACCGUUGAACAACGGGGAGGAAACAACAGCAGGCUGGUGUGUUUUCGGUGUUUUGGAGCCCGAGGCUUCGUCCGGUCUUGGUGUUAGUUUAUUUUCGUGUUGGUCUGAGUUGGACAUUUAACAGAAAUUAAAAAAGAAAGCGAAAAUGUGAGCAUACGUCAGGACUGGAAGCGGUUUGUCGCCGGAGGACUGAUGGAUCCAACAGAGGAGCUGAAGCAGAUCGCCACAUGGUUCAGUGAGGAGGGUCUUUCUCCUGACGCCCCCAAGGAGGCUCAGCUGUGUUUGCUAUGGCGUUCCUUCCAGUACACAAGAAGCCUCCUGAGCAAUGUGACAAAGGAGCUGGAAGCCCACCGAUCGCAACACUUAGCCGAAAUGGCAGAGGUUCGCAAGUCGCUGGAGCAGAUCCGAAUCUUUACGGAGCACAAAGAUGUUUUGGCUCAGGAGAUACAAGACGAGAACGAUCGGCUCAAGGAGCAGCUGCGGCGCCUGAUAUCACUUCAAGAUGCCCAGAUAAGUGAGGUGGCUAAAAUGCUGUACCAGCAGGGACUCACAGAGUUGAUUCACAGCAGCCCCAGUGAGCAGGUGGCCUACCUGCUAGUGGAGAGGGCUUCCCUUCUGGAGACCAGUGAGGGUCCUGAGAAGCUGACGGGUGACGGAAACACGACCGGCCAGCUAGGAACAGAAGCACAAAUGCUGAACACCAGCGUACGCCAGCCUUCCCACAAGGGGGCGCCACGUCAUGGGCAGAGCGCAUGGAAGAGACUCUUAGGGCUCCACAAGGCUGCACAGUGCAAACACUCUUUUGUUCCUGCCGAAGCCAGACAUUUGGCCGGCCAGGCAGGCAAUCUGGAGAGGCAGUGUUCCCGUCUGGAGAGGGACCUGGAGGAGGGUUCCCGCCGGCUGGCCAUGGCCCACAACGAGAUCCGGCGUUUGACUGACGAGCUGGAAUCUGCUCAUUUGACCCAAAGAACAUACGAGCCUGAGCUGGAGUCGGCACAGCAGGAGGUGGAGCAGCUCCGAAAAGAAGUAGAAAAACUGAAGAAAUAUGAAAUGGUGGAACUGAGGAAAGCCAAAGAGCUGAAUGAUCGUCUGGACCUUGAGAUCAGGGCCUUGAGGAACAGAGUACGCUCCCUGGAUGCUGAGAAAGGCUCCCUGCAGCAGACGGUGGUGUCUCUGCAGGAGGAGCUGAAGCAGCUGGAGUCAGCGGUGCAGGAGGAGGUUCAGGCCACAGAGCUGACUGAAGUUGUAUCUCUGCGGAAGAAAGCAGCAGAGCUGGAACAGAGCAAUCAGACCUGCAGAAAUCUGCAAGAGAAGCUCGCUGCAGAGACCAGACACCUUUUGGAAAAAGAGGAAAUUGUCGAAUCUCUGCAGGAGGAGGUGAAGCGACUGGAGUCGGUCCUGCAGGAGAAGCAGCGGCGGCUCCUCACUGUGCAGGUUGAGGCGGACCGAGCUAAUGAGUUAGCUAAAUCCAGGGCGACUGAGCUGAUUCAGAGCGACCACACCUGCAGAGAUUUACAAAACAAACUCGGUGCUCAUGUCAGAUCCCUUUUGGAGAAGGAGUCAGAAAUAGGUUCUCUUCGACGGCAGCGGGACGAUGCUGUAGCUAAAAACUGCACCAAAGAAAACAACCUCCAGGAUCAAAAGCUAUUUAAGCAUAAAAAGGCAGUUUCACAACCUUAUGAAAAGGCUCACUGUCAGCCAGAAGAUUCCUUUUCGACAGAGGAUAAAGAGCUACAGACACAGGAGUGUCCUGAUUAUGAAGAAGUAAUGAAGAGUCUGUUGUCCACCCAAGAGGAGUGUGAGACUCUAAAGAAGGAGAUCUGUGAAACUCUGAAACACCUCGACAAAGAACGAAGUAAAUACCACGAAAUGAAAGAAAAACAUAAAGCAAAGCUGUGUCGAACCAAGCAGAAAUUUGACGAUGAAACCACGUGGCGCAAUGAGAGGAUAAAAAGUCUGGAGAGAGAACUGUCUCUGUGUUCCCAUUCAGUAACGAAGGAGAAAGAGCUCGUCAUGAGCAUAACUGUUGAAAAUGAGAAACUACUUUCUGAGAGGAGGAGGCUUCUACAGCAGCUAAAUGAGGAGGAGCACCACAAGAAGGACAGUAAUCUAACAGCUUCUUUGUCCAAAUGCAGGGUGGACUUUUUAGAGGCAGAAAACAAGAAACUGGAAAACAAAAUAUUCCACAUGUCCAACCAGCUAGCUGUACUGGAACGCAGCCUGCAGAACAUUCACUCGCUUCAGUUUGCUGAGAAUCUGCAAUACUGGACAAGUAGGUCGAAUCAUCUCCAAUUACAGGAACUAAAGAAAAUAUCAAAUCACCUCCAGGUUUUUAAAUCUCUGCCUGUGCAAACUUCAAGUGCAACGUCACUGGAGCCGUCUGAAACUCAGAGCUCAUUGGACAGUGCGUAUAGCUGUCCCACUAACAAAACAGAUGUGACUCGUUCCUCUCACUGUUGGACCUCUGGGCCUUUCCGAUCAGCAGAGAUGGGGUACCUGAACCUGACCUCCACACAGAGCGGCUCAAACCAGCCAGCUCCUCCAGCCGCCCUCAGCAGCUCUGAAAAUACCCCUGCCUGAGAUCUUCUAUCUGCAACCUGAAUAUACUGCACAGAAAAUGUUUUAUUUGUAAGUUAAUAAAUAACAGAAUUGAAUUAAA